AUGGCGGAGCCAUCGGCCUCCUCCGCGGCCGCCGCCACCGCGGAGCAGACGGACGCGGAGAGGAUGGAUGCCCUGGACCGGAUGCUCACGCGCCUGGCCCUCGCCGACGACGCGCGCCUCGCGCCGGUGCUGGCCCGCGUCCUCCCCUACGCGGUCACCUCGCUGGCCUCCCCUGCUCCGGCCGUCCGCAAGCUCGUUAUGGAAAUUCUUAGUCACAUUAACAAAAGGGUGAAGCACAGGCCUGAGAUUUCAUUGCCAAUGCUGGAGUUAUGGAAGAUCUAUACUGAAUCUACUUCCGCAACAAUGGUCCGAAACUUUUGUAUCGUAUAUAUUGAGAUGGCGUUUGAACGCCUGCCAACCGAGGAGAAAGGGAACAUCGCACCUGAUCUUUUAAUCAAUAUAUCAAAUGUUCCAGCUCAGCAUCAAGGGAUCAUCUUGAGACUUGUAACAAAGGCUAUUGGCGAAUGUAACACCCAUAAGGUGGACGAGACUAUUGCGUCAAAAUAUCGAGUAAUAACUGAAACCAAGGAUGGUCUAGUAUUUGCUGAAUUCUGUUUUCACACAUUAUUGUAUCAAGCACCACCUCAAGGUAGUGGAUGCCCAGCAGGACUGUCAGUUGUCCAAUCAGAACGUGUCACUGGAAAACAAGCCCUAAAAUUGACGUACUUGCAUCAAGAAAGUUGUUACUACCUGCACAAUGCGCUUGGUCUUCUCAUGGUUGAAUUUCUUGUUCAAUCUCUUCAGCUAGGAAUCUUGAAUGUCAUUGAAGCUAUGAACUUCGCACCUGAGAUUGUGUACCCUCUUUAUUUAUCUGCUUCUUCAGAUAGCCAAGAGCCAGUUUCUAAGAAAGGAGAAGAGUUCUUAAAGCGCAAAGCUUCAACAGUAAAUUUAGAAGAUCCGAACCUUAUCAAGAGACUGUUCACACUGUUCAAUGGAAGUGGAACUACUUCAAGGCUGAAGCAGUUAGGAAUGGAGUUCACUGUCUGGGUUUUCAAACAUGAGCAAAGUGAGGUUCGCUUUUCUGCAAUUAGAUGGGCAACAACAUUAUACGAUACGCAGCACUGUUCAAGCCGGUACAUUUGCAUGAUUGGGGCUUCAGAUGUUAAACUGGACAUAAGGGAAAUGGCUCUAGCUGGUCUAAAUCUUAUGAAUGAUGGGAGGCAAUCAUCUGCAGGGUCUGGUGAUUUCAGCUAUCCUGAUGUAAAGGAGAUGAUAAAUUAUAUCUGCUGUCAGCGACCUCAGUUGCUGCAUUCUGAUGAGCAGAGAAAUGGAAAAUUACUCUUCCCUUCAAAAACAUUUGUUUCAAUGAUCAAGUUUCUGAUGAAGUGCUUUGAGUCUAGUGAUAGCUCAAAUCUUUUGCAAGAUCCAUCUGAUUCUGCUGUAGCAAAAAUGUGUGUCAUCUUAGAACAUGCCAUGUCAUAUGAAGGGUCUAGCGAACUGCAUGCGCUGGCCUUGAAGUCAUUGGUUGACCUUUCUUCUCGUGAGCCAAAGUUGGUGUCAUUGCGGUAUGCAGAACGCAUAAAUUGGCUAAGAACUCUUUUGGGUCAUGUUGAUUCUGAUGCUCGUGAAGCUGCAUCAUGCCUGCUUGGUAUUGCUUCUUCAGCUCUUUCAACCUCUUCUGCACUAAGUCUUCUGUCUGAGCUCACUUCAACACUGAGUCAAAACCGUCCAUCAAGAUUUGAAAAUUACCAUGGAGUUCUGUGUGCGAUCGGGUACCUAACAGCUGGUGCUUUGAAGCAAUCUUAUAUAUCUGAGGAUAUGGUAAAAAAUGUAGUUGAUAGUCUUGUAAAAGUAGUUAUCUCUGAAGGUUCGACAUUAGCAUCUGUUGCUAUGGAAUCUCUUGGUCACAUUGGUCUGCGUUGUGCAUUGCCUUCCAUCAACCAAAACUCUUCUACAGGUACACUAUUAAGCGUUCUCCGUGAGAGGCUGACUAAGCUUCUUUCUGAAAAUGAUACUAAAGCUCAACAGAAAAUUCUUGUAUCAUUGGGGCACAUAUCUUGGAAUGAGAUCUCCUUUCCUCACCUGAAUGAUGCAUUAGACUUGAUUUUUAGUCUUUCACGUUCUAAGGUGGAAGAUGUACUUUUUGCUGCGGGGGAGGCUUUAUCUUUCAUAUGGGGAGAAGUUCCUGUGACAGCAGAUGUGAUACUGGAGACGAACUUUGUUUCCCUUUCCCAAGCCACAAACUAUCUUACCGGUGAUGCAUCUCUAGUCUCGAGUAACUCCAAUGAAAAAAGUGGUUGUGAAGAAGCACACUCAGUUGCACGAGAAGAAAUUAUUAAAAAGUUGUUCGAAACACUAAUUUAUAGCAGUAGAAAAGAAGAACGCUGUGCAGGUACUGUCUGGUUGGUCUCACUGACGAUGUACUGUGGCCGACAUAAAAAAAUCCUAGAACUACUUCCGCAAAUCCAGGAGGCCCUUUCACAUCUUCUUGGUGAUCCAAAUGAGCUUACGCAAGAUUUGGCAUCUCAAGGCAUGAGUAUUGUGUAUGAGCUUGGUGAUGCAUCUAUGAAAGAGGAGCUGGUUCAUGCUCUGGUGAACACACUGACUGGCACUGCAAGAAAGAAAAAAGCCAUUAAGUUGAUGGAGGAUUCCGAGGUCUUUCAAGAUGGCACAAUUGGCAAUAAUCCUACUGGAGGGAAACUUAGCACGUACAAGGAGCUGUGCAGUCUUGCCAAUGAGAUGGGGCAACCUGACCUGAUAUACAAGUUCAUGGAUCUAGCUAAUUAUCAGGCUGCUCUCAAUUCUAAAAGGGGUGCUGCUUUUGGAUUUUCCAAGAUAGCCAAACAAGCUGGCGAGGCACUUCAACCUUAUCUGCAUACCUUAAUUCCUAGGCUUGUCCGUUACCAACACGACCCUGAUAAAAACAUCCAGGUUUGUAAACAUUUGAGAAAAAUAUGGACAACCACCUUCCGUGCAAUGGAUGACAUAAAGGAAACUGUGCGAACUGCUGGUGACAGUUUGUGCCGAGCCGGUGCUGGUCCUGCCCUUCGUCCUCAUCUGCCAGAACUUGUUAGUUGUAUGCUUGAAUGUUUGUCAAGUCUGGAGGAUCAAAGGUUGAAUUAUGUUGAGAUGCAUGCAGGGAAUGUUGGCAUCAAAACUGAUAAGCUUGAAAGCUUCCGUAUAGCUGUGGCUAAAGAUUCUCCAAUGUGGGAAACUCUUGAUAUCUGUAUAAAAAUUGUUGAUAAGAAUUCACUUGAUCUAUUGGUUCCUCGCCUGGCUCAAAUGGUUAGAUCAGCUGUUGGCUUAAAUACAAGGGUUGGUGUUGCUAGCUUCAUAACCUUGCUGGUGCAGAAGGUCAUGGUUGAUAUCAAACCAUUCACACCAAUAUUACUGAAGUUAUUGUAUAGUGCUGUUCUGGAGGAAAGGAGUUCUGUCGCUAAAAAGGCUUUCGCGUCCUCUUGUGCAACUGUUUUGAAAUACGCUAGUCCUCCCCAGGCUCAGAAGCUUAUUGAAGAUACUACCUCUCUGCAUUCAGGUGGGAAAAACGAUCAGUUAUCUGGUGCAAUUCUUAUUAAAGCCUACUUGAGCAAUGCAUCGGAUAUUCUUGGUGGAUAUAAUGCAGUGGUUAUCCCUGUAAUUUUUGUGUCGAGGUUUGAUGAUGAUAAAGACACCAGUGCUUUAUAUGAAGAACUUUGGGAGGAUAUUCCUACUAGUGAAAGAGUAACCCUAACACUAUAUUUACCAGAAAUUGUAUCUCUUUUAUGUGAUGGCAUGUCAUUGUCAUCAUGGGCUGGUAAAAGAAAGUCAGCCAAGGCUAUAAAGAAGCUAUGUGAUAUUCUUGGAGAACCCCUAUCAGCACACUACCAGAAUAUUCUCAAAUCACUUUUGAAAGAAUUGCCAGGUCGAUUCUGGGAGGGAAAAGAUGCUAUUCUGGACGCAUUGGCUUCAUUGUGUUCUUGCUGUCAUGUUGCUAUAACUGCAGAAGACUCCAGCUUGCCAAGUGUUAUACUAAAUGCUGUGUGUGCUGCGUGCAGUAGGAAAUCAAAAUUGUACCGUGAAGCAGCCUUCUUGUGUCUACACAAAGUGAUUGCAGCAUUCAGAGAUCCAGGAUUUUUCAAUAGUGUGUUUCCAAUGUUGUACGAGGUUUCUAACCAAUCUGUCAUUUCGAAGACAAAAGGCUCUGCUGGUGCGGAACUAGAUGAAAGUGAAGGUGCUUCUAUUUCUCUGGAUAAAGUGCUCAAUUGUGCAACAUCUUGCAUCAGUGUCGCUUUUCCACAGGAUAUUAUCAACCAAAAGAAGAAUGUUUUAGAACUAAUAUUGAAUUCUCUCUCACCUGAGGAGAGUUGGCAAGUUAAACUAUCAUCCUUCUUGUGUAUCAAAGAGUUGUGCCUGAAAUUUCACAGUUCUGGUGAUAGUAGCACAUGGCCUCAAGACACAGCUUGCUUGGUUCAGGAGUUAUUUCAUUUGGUAUCACCAAAAUUAGUAGACUCCAUAAGAUUAGUAAAGAUUGCUCAGGUUCACAUUGCUGCUUCGGAAUGUGUUCUUGAUUUGAGCAAACUGUACAGAGACUUCCCGUUGUUGGACAGAACAGAGGCCAAGUUCGAGGAUGAACUUACAGAGCUCUGCGAGUCUGAAAAAAGUGAACAAGCAAAGACAAUUCUGAAGGAAUGCCUAGCCAUCCUUAAAACUCUCCCUGGAGUAACCAUGACGACAGAUUAA